AUGACUGUAUUGAUGAUCUUGCUGUUGACUACAUAUGCUUAUACAAGGAUAUUUCUUGCAAUUAGACAUCUGCGUUUCUCUGGCGACAAGAUCGGUGAUUGUUCAACAGGACAAAGUUCGUCUAAUUUGGAAAGAAAAAGAUCACUGCAAGAACAAAAGUUUGCCAAGUCGUGUGCACUUGUGGUUGUUAUCAACUAUCUCUGCUAUUUCCCUUCUAUUGUUUCUUAUCUGUAUUUCAAAGACGACCCAGUGAACUUCAGAGUAUCUCAUUCUUGGUCUAUGACUGUUUAUGCAUUGAACUCAAUUCUAAAUUCCGUUAUAUUUUUCUGGAAAAGACCAUUAUUACGAGAGGAAGCAUUGAAAGUUUUAAGAGAUAUUUUGUGA